GAUCAAAACACAGACAUUAGAUUCUGUGUCGGUGCUUACAAUAAGAGAAAUUCUACUUCAUAUCAAAUGAUGCGAUAGUAAAGUUUUGGUUUUGAUUUUGCUGUACUGAAAAGAUAAAUUGCGGUUUAUGUGACGACGAAGAAAUUUCUGUGUAUGUAAAGGAAGUGAUAGUGGAAUGUAGGAAACUCUAAAAUAAAGUUAUAAGAAUCAGUGAAAUUAAGAGUUAGGAGUAGUGAAAUUCAUCUACCUCGACAGAACUCCCCGAUUUAGUUCCCCCGAAGUUUCAAGCAGUUGGAAAAUCCAAGUAUUUGAAAACCAGUCGUUUCAGUAUAUUUUUUGUAUACGGUUGCCACCUACGUACAUAUGUAUUGGAUCAAGGCAUCCAUUCCAUUCAGCAGCAGCAGCAGCAGCAGCACCAGCGCAAGCAGCAAACAGAUCGCAGCAGCAACCGAGGAAAGGCGAACAGCAACUAUAGAGACGAUUUAUAAACGACGAAAAAAUGGCAACGCAAGAAAAAGUGUCAAAAAGAGUACUUUUCUGUCGCUGCUGGUACCGUGCAGUUUUGUUUCUGUCAGCAGCAGUGAAAAUCGGUGCAUAGUUCGGUUGUGAAUCCGUAGAGUGGAAUCCGGAAAAUAGUACUCGUUUCUGUGGGGUGUCCAAUCGGGUCGAAGCUGGUCGGUACCCAGAAUUUAGCAGGAACAUUAUUGUCGGUAAUGUACGGUUCGGUGCAGAAUCCUUCAGGGAACUCAAAUGUUGAUUGUACGGGACAGUGCUGAUUGAUAGGAAAAUACUAAUUCGAAGAGUAAUUCUAACGUGAAAUAUUCAAUUUGCGUGAGAAUCAUUUGUGACUGACAUAUGUAUUGCUGGCUGCGGAGUGGCAGACAUUCUUUGCUGUAAGAGAAGGUGAAUCGAUGAAAGUGGUGAGUCAGGCAGAGUUCGGCAAAGGGUCCUCGGUUUGAAGUGAGGAGAAGGCAAUAGAGUAAGAAUAUAACGACGGUCGGUCGAGAGUGAAUUUUGACUAUCCCUUCUUGGUGGUAGCGAAAAAAAAACUUUUUCUCUGUAGAACGAAGAAGAUUUUGAGUCGUUCGGUCGAAAAGAAAAAAAUCGUAUAUUGAGCGAUUCAGGAAAACCCGAAUAGCAUACGGACCCGGAAGAGGAUCGGGUCAAUCCAACAGAAUGGUCCACCACCAUCAGCGGCGCCCGAAACAGCUCCAGCCGAAUGUGCUGGGUCACCUGGUUAGCCGUCAGCUCGGCGACAAUGUUCAUCAGUUCCGCAACAAUCUGUUCCAUCAGCGGCUGAGGAUCGCCAAGAACCUAUACAAAAAGGACCUGGUUUCGCACUACGGUUGCGUCAAUGCUAUCGAGUUCAGCCAGGAGGGUGAACUGCUAGUUUCGGGUGGCGACGACCGUCGUGUGCUUCUGUGGCACGUGGACAAAUCCAUCCUGGAGAAAGAAUCGCCGGCGUCGAUGCAAAAACAGCAUCUGAGUAACAUAUUCUGUCUGGGCAUAGACUCGCGGAAUGCGCGCAUUUUCUCCGGCGGAAACGACGACGUCGUUAUUGUCCAUGACGUUCAGACACGAGAAUCGGUCGACGUAUUUCUGCACAGUAAGCCAGUGUACGGCCUAUCUAUUGAUCCGUCGAACGAUGACUUGUUCGCGACGGCCGGCGAGGAUGGGAAAAUUCUGAUUUUUGACAUGCGGGACGGUUCCGAUGUGAUGUGCGUGUCCAGGUGUCGGUCGCCGUACCAUGCCGUUAUGCAUCAUCCGUACGAUGCCGGAUUCAUUGUGACGGCUAAUGCAAAGGAAGGUGCCGCCCUGUGGGAUCUCCGUGCUCCGAAGAUGCCAACGAUUCGGUACGGCGGAGAAAACGCUGCUCAGAGUUGCAUGAGUAUUCGAUUCAAUAGCUUGGGUACGCAGGUACUGGCACUGAGAAGACGUCUUCCACCGAUACUGUUCUCAACAGCAUCACCAGAACCGAUUUGUCAGUUUUACCAUCCGGACUAUUACAAUUCGUGUACGAUGAAAAGCUGCUGUUUUGCCGGAGAGCGUGAUCAGUUUGUGCUGUCCGGAUCGGAUGAUUUCAAUCUGUAUGUGUGGCGCGUGACCGACGCAGACGUGAAUGACACCGAUCAGUGGGUAGACCGAAAUCAGAUGGUUCUCUAUGGGCAUCGGUCAAUUGUGAAUCAAGUUCGGUACAAUCCUCAGAAAUGUUUGAUCGCUUCGUCCGGAGUAGAAAAGAUCGUUAAACUUUGGACUCCAUUCGAAUUGGAAUCGUGGCGUGGUUGCUUGGUGGAGGAAGCUGCUGGUCCGGAAAAUCCGAGAGAAGUGUUUACCAACGAGGAGUACAUUUCAUUGAACAUGACACACGACUACAGUCACCAGUCGACUACGGAGGAUCCACGAAUGAUGGCAUUCUUUGACUAUUUGGUUCAGCAGGAGAUUGAAGGUUGGAACAGUGAGACAUCCGAUCAAACAUCCGAACAUAGUUCGGAUGAAAACGAAUCUUCUCGACCGGACACUACUCAAACGUCGGAUACGGAAUCCGUGCAAAACUACAUACCGUUGCGUGGCCAACAGCAAAACAGACGCGGUGAUGUUACUCAGCGAACAAAAUACAGAAAUCGGAUUGCAUAUCUUAUCGCAACGAAGCGUAAUCGAUUGAAAAGACUUGCCCUGAAGACUGCAAAUGCUCGUGCAACUAAUCGACGCACAAUCACGAAAUCCAAAUAUGGUCAACGGAAUCAACCGAAACGUCCGGGAUUGGGAGCACUACGGACCACAAGAAAAGGUAUCGGAAAACGGAAUCGACGGCUCAGUACUAGCAAAUACAACAAGCGCCCAGUUUCGCAUGAGCAAACAAGUGAUUCGGAAGUUUCAAAAUCCACUAAAAAGCGACGCAUGCAAACCACCAAUCUGAACCUUGCCGUAUAUCGGACGUACCGACGGAAAUCCAAAGGAACACCGUCAUCAUCCAACACGAGUACCAGGGUCGAGGAAUCUAGCUCCGACGAUGACGAUGCCGAUAACGACAGUGAACAACCGCAGCAUUCGGCGGCGAAAAAACUCAAACUAAGCUGUGACAGUCUGGGUAAUUUCCCAUCGACCUCGAGGGGUUUUCCGGGCGGUGGCGGCGGCGGCAGCAGUAGUAGCAACAGCAACAUCUACAAUAACGGAGCGGGUCCGAGUGGGUUGUGCAAUGCAAUGCGAAUCGGUGCCGGGGCAAGCGCAAACAGUACAUAUGUCAGCAUGGAUACGCCUAGCACUAGCACGGGACUGACCGGAAAUGGAAGAAAUCUGUUGUUCCACAUAGCAUCGACCACCAACGAUGACGACGAUUCCGAUGAUGAUCCGUCGAUUCCAGAACAUCCGGCAUCGCCGGACAAUCUUCUGCGGGUGAUCACAUCGCCAAUCAAUCAUUUUGAACUCCCGCCGAACUCUGCAAGCGACCUCCUAGCGGUAGAUCAUAACGACAACAACAUUCUUGAUCACAGUAAUAACAACAGCAGCUACGUGAAUCACAACAAUAAUUCUAGCAAUAGUAGUAACAAUAUCAAUAGCAGUAGAGCCGGUAGCAACUUCAACCUAAUCAGUAAUUCAGUAAUUCAGAAUGGCAGCAACCAGAAGCAAAUGGUUGCAGCUGCACACGACAACAAUGAAUCAUCAUCGUCGUAUACUCAGAUUUACGAUCACACCUACUCGAGUCGAUCGAACUCGAGACUGUCCAGCAGCUACGAUUACGAUUGUUCCUCCAGUAAUGAUAGUUUCGUGGAUUACUUUAACAACAAAAAGAAGCUGUUAGCUGCCGUAGAUCAGCAACAACCGGGAUGUUCUUCCUCAUUCGGGGCGUCUGCACAGAAACCACAACAACCGGACUAUAAUCGGGAGCUGCUGAACUACACACCGGACAGUGGCAUAGCGACUGGUCCGUGCAGUUCCGUAUCCACCAACGGAAUUCCAUCCAGUGCCAAGUCUCACACACCCUUGACUAGCAGUAGUAGCAAUGGAAACUACUUGGAGCCUACACCCGGAACCAGCGGUCUGAAUGGCAGUGGCGGUCCGAUGGCGAACGGUGGUAGCAAUGGGAUCGAUCUUGGUUCAAAAUUGUUCCAGCAAAAGGUGGCCCGGGUACGGAAAAACUAUCGCAAGCACUUCUGUGAUGACUCGGAUAGCGAGUAAACUGGGGUUUGGGCUUUUACUGUUCCAGACUGCCAUUAACUAUCGUAACUAAUCACUAGCGGAGCAUUCGUUCGGAGUGGAUCUUAGUGUAAGUUUAAGCAUCAGCAGUUAGUGGACCUCAGGACGAAUGCUGGAUUUGACUGUUGUUUCUUAUUGCGGCUAAUGAACCGUUUCAGGCACAACCUUUUUAGGAUGGAGAUUUCGCAACUAGAGUGGACUGUGUCAGACUAACGAUGUGACUAGAAAUGCUUUCUGGAAGCAAACCUAAUGAUACGAUAGAUACUGUUCAUUUAGUUUACGGGAUGAGUUUGGGUUUGCGUGGAACGUACCACUGUCUGCGAUAUGGAGAUAUGUUAUUUCGAAGGUGUACAAGAAUAAAAUUCUUUCGGCUCGAUUUUUCCACAGAAAAAUCAUCAUCAGCAAAUCUGAACUGUUGUGUUAGUGGUAGUCUUAUAUUUGUAUACCUGCUGUAUUUGUAAUAGCUUGUAAGACAGAGGAAGCAAUUUAUGAUAGCGCAGAAUAACUGUACGUAGAUAACAGCACAAUCUGACCCCUCAAUCACCUAACCAAUUCUUGAGUUGCUCCUGCCGGGUAGUGUUAUUUCUUUUGUGUAAACUCGGGAAGUUUCCGAUUGAUCGACUACGACUGCAUAUUCGAGUAUGUAAACUCAGUUGGUAAUCACCUAACAUACUAACUAGAGUGUUAAGAAGAAAGAAACGUGAUUUACUAAUCAUAAUAUUACAAUUAAAUAUAUAUAUUAAACCUAUACACUAUAGAUUGUAUCCAUUAGUUGUAAAAUCAAACUUUAUACUUCAAGCGGGUGUGUGGUUUUGUACUCGUGCGUUCAGACUACAAUGAGCAGUUGUUGGCGACAUGAGGAGCAUACGCAACAAGACAAAAACAAAAACCACCUCCGAUAGAAAGCCCACACAAUAAUGAUGCGAUUGAAUAAACUUACUUUACGAUUUAUCACUCCUUUA